AAAGCGCAUGCGCGCCGCACACUCCCCCACACAGACGCUGGAGCGGUGAGAGGACACAAAAUGGCUUCCACCGAUUACAGCACCUAUAGCCAAGCGGGAGCUCAGCAGAGCUAUAGUGCUUAUACUGCCCAGCCAACGCAAGGAUAUACACAGGCUGCUCAGGCAAGCUACGGACAGAGUUAUGGCACUUACGGACAGCCUAGUGAUUCCAGUUACACACAGGCACAAACCACUGCCACAUAUGGCCAAUCUGCAUAUGCUGCUACCUAUGGACAGCCUCCUGCUGCUGGUUAUACUGCUCCAGCAGCACCUCAGGCCUAUAGCCAGCCCAUACAAGGCUAUGGAACAGCAGGUUAUGAUAGUAGUAUUGCUGCAACCACCACCGCAACCCAAGCUUCAUAUGCAACGCCAUCUGCUUAUGGAGCCCAGCCUGCAUACCCUACCUAUGGACAGCAGCCUGCUACCACAGCUCCAGCAAGACCUCAAGAUGGAAGCAAACCAGCGGACACCAGCCAGCCUCCGCCAAGUACAGCCACCUAUGCCCAGCCCAGCCUGGGUUACAGUCAAAGCAGCUAUAGCUAUCCCCAGGUCCCAGCCAGCUACUCGGUGCAGCAGGUGAAUGCCCCUCCAUCUUACCCACCAUCAAGCUAUUCAACCUCCCAGCCAUCCAGUUAUGAUCAGAGCUCCUAUUCUCAGCCUAGCUCCUACACUCAGCAGAACACCUAUGGCCAACAGAGCUCCUACUCCCAGCAGAGCAGCUACAGCCAGCCAAGUAGCUAUGGGCAGCAGAGUGGCUAUGGCCAGCAAAGCAGCUACCAACAGCAGCAGCAACAACAGCAGCAACAGCAACCUCCUCCCACAAGCUACCCACCUCCAUCUUCAUCCUAUGGCAGUCAGCCCCCGAGCCAGUAUGGCCAACAAAGCAGUGGCUAUGGUCAGCAAAACAGCUAUCGUCAGGACCACUCAAGCAGCAAAGGCUCAUAUGGUCAGGAGCCCCACCAAGGUUACUCUGGCUCUGGAGGCCGCAGCUCUGAAGGCUCUGACUCCCGCAGCAGGGGCCGGGGCAUGUUUGACAGAGGUGGCAUGAGCCGUGGUGGUAGGGGAGGACGUGGAGGCAUGGGCAGCGGUGGAGAGCGAGCUGGCUUCAGUAAGCCUGGUGGACUUCUGGAUGACGGCCCCGAUUUGGAUUUUGUCCCGCCUGUGGAACCUGAAGAGGAACCGGAAAACAACACUAUUUAUAUGCAGGGUCUCAUUGAUAAUGUGACUGUUGAUGAGGUGGUCGACUUCUUCAAACACUGUGGUGAGGUCAAGAUCAACAAAAGAACUGGACUGCCUUUAGUAAAUCUAUUCACAGACAAGGAGACUGGUAAACCAAAGGGUGAUGGGACAGUUUCUUUUGAGGACCCACCUUCUGCCAAGACUGCUGUAGAGCUCUGUGAUGGGAAAGAAUUUCAGGGGAACAAAUUGAAGGUGUCUUUGGCCCGUAAGAAGUCUUUGCUGGGAAGCAUGAGAGGUGGGCUCCUGCCACGUGAGGGUCGCGGACAGCCACCUCUCCUUAGAGGAGGUCCCAUGGGACGAAUGGGUGGCAGAGGAGGGGAGCGUGGUGGAUUUAUGCCAAGAGGGCCCAGAGGACCACGUGGGAGCCCAGUUGGUGGUCCAAAUGUACAGCAUAGAGCAGGAGACUGGCAGUGUCCAAAUCCGGGUUGUGGAAACCAGAACUUUGCUUGGAGAACAGAGUGCAACCAGUGUAAGGCUCCAAAGCCAGAGGGCUUCAUUCCUCCUCCAUUCCCUCCCCCAGGUAACGAACGAGGCAGAGGAGGUCCAGGUAUGAGAGGCAGAGGAUUGAUGGACCGUGGUGGUCCUGGUAUGUUUAGAGGAGGCCGUGGUGGUGACAGAGGUGGUUUCAGAGGCCGCGGUAUGGACAGAGGAUUUGGUGGAGGAAGGAGAGGUGGGCCCCCUGGCCCUCCAGGACCUCUCUUGGAACCAAUGGGAGGAAGGGGAGGUGGCAGACGUGGUGGUCCUGGCAAAAUGGAAAAGGGUGAGCAUCGCCAGGAGCGCCGGGAGAGACCUUACUAGGAGUUGGAAGCCUUCCUUUACUACCAGAUUUAUUUUUUAAGCCAGAAAUGUUUUAAAUUUAUAAUUCCAUAUUUAUAAUGCUAGCAUGGAGUCCCCUCCAUCGUUACAUUAUGAUUAUCCUUUGUCUGUACCUUUAGUAUUCACAUUUUGUGGAGAUAUUAAAAUGGAAGUUUAACGGUAGUACCAAUGUUUGUUUUUUAUUUUUCCAGAGAGAACCCACAUUUGCAGUUUCUUUAUCUGUAAAAUAAUUUCAAAGUUUUACAGAAGUGGUUUUGUCAGCAUGUAGAAUUGUGAUGAAACAUUGUUGGAGGGCGUAACCAUAAGAUCUCUUGUAACUAUACUCUUUCUCAGCUUGUUCAAAGUGUUUGGCCCUUUUUGUGGGUCACAUCAGGCUUAUCCCAUUAACGAGUUUGACAUCCAGGAGUCCGGUUUUAUUGAGUGUUUAUUGCAAGAAGAUUUGGGGGAGGGAAGUCAUGAAUGUUUUAUAAUGCUUGUACCACUUUGACUCCCACAUUACAAUAAUAAAACUCUGUAAAACAA